AUGGCAGCAAAGUGUACAAAUGAACGUUUUCUUGAUGCUGAUCAAGAACAUCUAGCUACAUUAAAAACAUCAUUCUCCAUUGAAAUUCCUGAACAACAGCAAUUGGUUUCAUUAGAAGAAGCUACCAAAGCUUUAAAAAAGUCGGUUAAAAAUCUUGAUACAAUGGUGCAAAGGGCAAAGUACAACUCUGUCGAUCAAUCAUUGAAUCUUACCGUAGAUGAGGCAGCUGCUAUUAGACUGUAUACGAGCGGAUCACAGGAACCAGAUAAAAGUAUCUCCACUCAACUGAAUCGAGCACUUCGCUCUCAGGUCGGAAACAAAGUCAACCCUUGGCUCUCCUACAUCAAGCUCUUUCUUUCUGCCUUAAAUAAAGUACCACAAAUUGAAGGCACGAUCUUUCGUUUUGUUAAAGGCAACAUCAGUGAUCAAUACAAAGGUAAAUGCAUUUGGUGGGGUUUUAGUUCUUGUACACGGUCCCAAGAAGCACUCAAAAACUUUCACAAUAACUUACAUGGUUAUACAGUACUCAUGAUUGAAUGCCGCAAUGGCAAAAGUAUCCGUGAUUAUUCUGACAAUCAGAAUGAGGAGGAAGUUCUUCUUAUGCCUGGUACCUGUUUACGUGUUACAGAUAUGAGCAUAACAGAAAAAGAAAACUAUGUGGUUUACUUAGAAGAAAUUGGUAAAAACCUUCUUUUAACUUCUCGUAUUGCUGAUUCGUCAUCGACGGUUGACGCACCUCCAACAAGCCAUGUGUCUAAUGCAAAUGCAAAUCGAUCAACUGCUCAAAUCAUGCAGGCCAAAUUGCUUAGUAAGCCCAUUUUUAUUUUAAGUUGCAUGUUUCUGGGUGCCCAUUUCGUCACCCGAAGUAUAACUGAAUGUUGA